CUUCUCUGUGGCAGCGGCGUUCUGGCUUCUUUUGCCGACAUGAAGGACGUGCCAGGCUUCCUCCAGCAGAGCCAGAGCUCGGGGCCCGGCGAGGCCGCCGUGUGGCACCGUCUGGAGGAGCUCUACACGAAGAAGUUGUGGCAUCAGCUGACGCUGCAGGUGCUUGACUUUGUGCAGGACCCGUGCUUUGCCCAAGGGGAUGGUCUUAUUAAGCUGUACGAGAACUUCAUCAGUGACUUCGAGCACAGGGUGAACCCCCUGUCCCUGGUGGAAAUCAUCCUCCACGUGGUCAGACAGAUGACGGAUCCUAACGUGGCGCUUACUUUUCUGGAGAAGACUCGUGAGAAGGUGAAGAGCAGCGACGAGGCCGUGAUCCUCUGUAAAACGGCCAUCGGCGCCCUGAAGCUGAACAUCGGGGACCUGCAGGUCACAAAGGAGACCAUCGAAGACGUGGAGGAGAUGCUCAGCAACCUGCCUGGGGUGACGUCGGUUCACAGCCGCUUCUACGACCUCUCCAGCAAGUACUACCAGACGGUGGGGAGCCACGCGUCCUACUACAAGGACGCCCUGCGCUUCCUGGGCUGCGUCGACAUCAAGGACCUGCCAGUGCCGGAGCAGCAGGAGAGAGCGUUCACACUGGGCCUGGCGGGACUUCUCGGCGAGGGAGUGUUUAACUUCGGAGAACUCCUCAUGCACCCCGUGCUGGAGUCGCUGAGGGGCACCGACCGGCAGUGGCUGAUUGACACCCUGUAUGCCUUCAACAGCGGCAACGUGGAGCAGUUCCAGACGCUGAAGGCCGCCUGGGGCCAGCAGCCUGACCUCGCCGCCAACGAAGCUCAGCUCCUGAGGAAGAUCCAGCUGCUCUGCCUCAUGGAGAUGACUUUCACACGACCUGCCAAUCACAGACAACUCACUUUUGAAGAAAUUGCCAAAAGUUCUAAGAUCAGCGUGAACGAGGUGGAGCUGCUGGUGAUGAAGGCGCUGUCGGUAGGGCUGGUGAAAGGCAGCAUCGACGAGGUGGACGGGCGCGUCCACAUGACCUGGGUGCAGCCCCGCGUGCUGGAUCUGCAGCAGAUUCAGGGGAUGAAGGACCGCCUGGAGUCCUGGUGCACGGACGUCAAGAGCAUGGAGAUGCUGGUGGAGCACCAGGCGCACGACGUCCUCACCUAGAGUCCUCCCAGCAGCGCCCGCUCCCCGCCACGGGCUCCCUGCCGAGGGCUCCCUGCCGAGGCGGGUUCUGUUGGGCAGGACUGUUCUUCCUGUGAAAGCGGGACCGUGGUGUCUCCAGGCCCGCAGGGAGGGUGGGGCCCGCGGAUCGGGAGGGUGGGCCCUGCGUGUGGGCAUCUGCCCCCUCCCCCCCCACCACCCGUGUGAGCAGGUUCCCAGGUGGCCCGAGGGCCCUGCAAUAAACGCCUUUGCCAUGUC